AUGUCAGAAGUUAGGAUUAAUGAUGUUGAACAAUUUGAUAUUGUCAAGUGUUAUCAACAAUUCUUAAAAGACGAUCCGGAUGUAUCUAUGUCAAUUGCUGCUAUUGAAUCUUUGGCGGAAUUGAUAAAACAUAGUAAUGCGACAACAUUGUCAGAAUUUAUGGAAUCUUUAAAAGAUGCUAGUCAAAAACUUAAAAGUUCAGUUAAAAAUUCGAUCUCAUUAUCAGCAGGAGCGGAUUUGUUUAUGAGAUUCGUUACAAGAACUUCACAUGAUGUAACGAAUUUUGAAGCAUGCAAAGAACAUUUGAUGAACAGUGGAAAAGUUCUUGUUCAAAAGGCCGCAGCUGUUCGAGAGAAAAUUGCUGAAUUAGGAGUACAAUUCAUUAAAGAUGAUGCUGUAAUAUUGAUUCACUCUUAUUCACGAGUGGUUAUGUUACUUCUUCAAAGAGCAGCCGCUUAUAAGAAACGAUUUAAAGUUUAUGUUACAGAAUCUAGACCUUCAUAUUUAGGAAUUCGAGCCACAAAAUUAUUACGCGAAGCAGGAAUUCCAGCAACUGUAAUUUAUGACUCUGUUGUUGGUUAUAUUAUUGAUAAAGUGGAUGCAGUUUUUGUUGGAGCUGAAGGUGUUGUUGAAAAUGGUGGAUUGAUUAAUGCAAUAGGAACUUAUCAGUUAGCUAUUGUUGCUAAAGCUGCUAAUAAACCAUUUUAUGCUGUUAUUGAGAGCUAUAAAUUUGUUCGACUGUUUCCUUUAAACCAAUAUGAUCUUCCAACACAUACAUCAGAUCUACUUGCAUUUCCGGACUUGGAAAAUCGUGAAUCGAUCAAAGAGGAAAAUAUGGAUUCAAUAAAUCCAACUGUAGAUUACACUCCACCAGAUUAUAUUACAUUAUUAUGUACAGAUUUGGGAGUGUUGACACCUUCUGGAGUUAGUGAUGAAUUGAUUAAAUUAUAUUUGUAA